CGUCAGGCAGGAUGCUGUGGGCGGGCUUCUUGUCCGUGGCCGCCCUCGGUGUGGGCGUGGGGGCGGUGGAGAAGGUGGCGGCGAGGGCGUGCUUCCACCACCACAACAACGGCGGCACUAUCUACGAUUUCCAGAGCGCGGAUCUUCAUGAUUCCAAAAACAUUACGAUGGACACCUUCCGUGGCAAGGUUGUGCUCAUCGUCAACGUCGCCACGUACUGAGGUUACACCAAUCAGUACCACGACAUGAAUGUGCUCCACAACUCCUUCAGUGACUUCCAGGUCAUCGGCGUCCCUUGCAACCAAUUCGGGAAGGUGAGUUAUUUGGGAAAAAGAAGAAGAAGAAGAAGAAGAAGA